AUGAGGUCACUAAGCCUUCUAUCACAGUCUAGCCUUCGGCAUUCUGAACCUCUCACCGGUGAUCAUGCAUGCUUGCAUGUUAAUCCAGAGACCAAUGACGUAUACUUGGCUGGACUGGAAGAUACAGAGUAUGUGUUGUCGAAAAUUGUAUACAAUCAGGAUGGGACUACACUUAAGCCUCACAAACAACCAAUACUGGGAUUUCCCGCAGAGGAGAGUGGUCGUAUCGUGAAUAUCCAUUUUCUGAUUGACACUCAGACCGUUUGUAUUGCCUUUGCUAAAGGAGCUAUCGGUCUGAUUGAUGGUGAUCAGUAUGAUGUCGUGGGGGAGGUUGAAUCAGGAAUAAGGUGUAUGGAAUGGAGUCCUGAUGAAGAGUUAGUUAUCAUUGUAAGCGGCGUCGGCACUAUCAUGAUAAUGACAAAAGACUUUGAUGCGAUUACCGAAUUUCCUAUUAAUGUCGAUGAGGAGGGUGAAGCUGCGCCAAUAUCCCUCGGCUGGGGUAAGAAAGAAACACAAUUUCAUGGUUCAGAAGGCAAACGGGCAGCGCAGGUCAAGUUUGAUAUCUCGCAAUACACAAAGUCACCAGACGACGAUAUGAAAACACGGAUAUCUUGGUGCGGAGAUGGAAGCUAUUUCUGUUGUUCCGAGUAUGACUCUACGAAAGGUCAGCUAUCUUACUAUAGACAACUAUCCAUUAGACAGCUUGAUCGGUUGGAAGGAAUAUUACAGAAUACUAGUGAGCCUGUUGAUCAGUUAGAGCACGUUUUAUCAUGGCGUCCCGCGGGAAACUUGAUUGCUUCAUCGCAGCGCCUUCCACAUCGUCAUAUAAUCUGUUUCUUUGAACGCAACGGAUUGCGACAUGGUGAUUUUGUAUUGCGCGAAACGGGAGAACAUAGAUUAGUUGAAGUCGCAUGGAAUUGCGAUUCGUCUAUUCUUGCUGUCUGGCUGGUGAGAAAAGACACAAGUUCAUCAGUGCAGUUGUGGAGUAUGAACAAUUAUCACUGGUACCUGAAGCAAGAAAUCAAUAGUAGUGCAGACGAUCAAAUUGUUGCUAUUCAAUGGGACACUGAGAUUUCGUUGAGAUUGUAUUUGGUUACAAAAUUUGCCUACCGUCGACUGGAUUACUCGUGGGAGGUUUUCUCUUCGCCGAUACUGUCUCCGCAUAACAAUGCAGCAGUAGCAGUGAUUGAUGGAUCCUCAUUGCUCCUAACUCCAUUCAAACACAUGAACGUCCCACCACCAAUGAGCGCGUUUACACUCUCCCUCCCUGCUCCGGCAUCUUAUGUGUCAUUUGGGCCGUUUAAUAGGUGUAACGAUUUUAGCGUUCUUCUCAAUAAUUCUCAACUUGCUCUUUUCGACUGGACUACGGAAUCAAACCAAUUGCGCUCGCCACCAAUAGAAGCAGGAAUUGUCAACUUGAGCGAAUAUGAAAGUAUUAGACAUGUGUUAUGGAAGGAUCAAAAGACGUUCGUGUUUGUGAAUGCAGCUGGCAUCGAGGACAAGGAGGAAAUUGUCGCGAUCGGAAUAGACAUUGAGGGAAAGCAAGGACAGGAUGACAAGGAAAAAACUAGAAAUUUGGUGGUGAUUGAAAGAGCCGUUUUAAAAUUGGAAAAAAGCGUGGUUCGGUUGUGGAAGAGUGGGAUCUCGGAGAGAGUGUUUAUCGAAGAUUUUGAUGGCGAUGUAUAUGAAGUUCUCUUCAACACGGAAACCUCACCAACGUCAAUAUCACUCUCGUCACUCGUAACACACCUUCCCGAACCAUGCCCAUAUGUCGCAUCUAUCGAUCUGCCAACAAGCACGGAAACACCAAUCAUAAUAGCUCAGAGUGAACGCAACAAGUUAUAUGCAAAUGACCGAUUAAUCGCGGCAGACUGUACGUCGUUCUUUGUCCACAACAAGUUUCUGGUAUUUACUACGUUAAAUCACCAUGCCCGAUUUCUGAGUAUAAGUACGGAUGAUGAAAUUAAAGAGCUCGGAAAUACGGUUUUGGUGACGUCACCAGAUGUGAAAGACGAGACAACGAGACGCGUCGAAAGAGGGUCAAAAAUAAUCAUUGCUGUUCAAUUCGGUACAUCGUUAAUACUACAGAUGCCUCGUGGUAAUUUAGAAACCAUUCAUCCUCGCCCUCUGGUUCUUUCUACUGUAUAUGCCUCCCUCGAUGCGCUCCAUUAUCGUCCUGCACUCUUGUCUUGCCGUAAGCAUCGCUUGGAUCUCAAUAUCAUUCAUAACUAUGCCCCUCAGAUAUUUCUACAGAACGUUGGAAAGUUUGUAAGAGAUAUCGACAAGACAGAUCUAUUUAAUUUGGUUUUAUCCGGUUUGAGUGGCGACCCUGGUACAAUAAAUACAAUAUGCGAUAGUAUUCGCAGAGUACUCGAGUCUGCUGAUUUCAAAAAAUAUAUACAGCCGAUCCUCACUACUUAUGUGAAGAAGACACCAGCUGACCUUGAGGGUGCACUGAAUGUGUUGGCUGAUACAAAACAAAAAGAUCCGAUCUUGGCGGAAUCGGCAUUAAAGUAUAUGAUAUUUCUUGCCGAUGCUGAUCGAUUGUAUGACAUCGCACUGGGAAUGUAUGAUUUUAGUCUUGUGUUGAUGGUCGCUCAACAGUCACAGAAAGAUCCUCGAGAAUAUCUUUCAUUCUUGACUGAAAUUCAAAAACACGAUAAAUAUUAUCAACGGUUCAAGAUAGACGAUCACCUUAAGCGACACGAGAAAGCAGUAAGAAAUUUGGCGUUAGCUGGAGACAAGUAUUUUGACGAGUGUUUAAAGUAUACGCAAAAACAUGGACUCUAUUUGACUGCACUUGAAUCGUUUGAGAAAAGGAGCGAUAAGUACAAGGUUGUAAUAGAGCUAUAUGGCGAUUACCUUAUGUCAGAACAAAAAUAUGAAGAGGCUGGAGUUGCAUACAAGUUAUCAGAAACUCCUAGAAAAGCACUCGAGGCAUACAAGGCAGCAGGUUCAUGGCGAGAAGCCAUCAUAAUUGCUCAACAACUGGAAUUUUCACCGGAUGCCAUAGUGGGCCUUUCUAGAGAAAUUUCCGAGAUAUUGGUUGAGAAGAGACAAUAUGUAGAAGCAGCAAGAAUGCUUUUAGAUUAUACGGGGGAUCCCGAAGAGGCCAUACCCUUGUUUGGUAAAGGUUAUCAAUGGAGUGAAGCCAUUCGUAUCUGCUAUCUACGAAAUCGACGAGAUUUGAUAGAAACACACGUAAAACCAAGCAUAAGUGAAGGCUACGAACAUGUCAUUGAAGAUAUAACAGAGAUGUCGACUCAAUUCCAUAAACAAACCAAGAGACUUGUUGAACUUAAAGAAAAGCGAAUGGCACAGGAAGAAGUUGAUCAAUCAAUCGACAACGUCGAUGUUAUGUCGGAUACAAGCUCAAUGGCAAGUGAUUUUACUCGAUAUACCGUAUCUGCUUCUCGGUUAAGUACGGCUUCGAAAAGAACCGCCAAAUCUGCCAAGACGCGUCGGCGCGAAGAUCGUAAACGCGCACGUGGUAAAAAAGGAAGUCCAUACGAAGUGGAGUACCUGUUUGAUUCUCUUUCAAGGCUAGUGGAUCGGUUUAACACACUUCAAGGCGACGUCAAGACUAUACUACACACGUUUAUGUCUCUAGCAUAUGUUGAUAAAGCAAAGAAUUUGCAAAACUCGUUUGGCAAGCUAGAAGAAGACAUUGUUGCAGGGAUUGAACAAUUAGAUGUGAAUGCAAGUGCAUACAUUCCGGUACAAGUCACGCUAGAUGACCAAACACAACCGACGCAAGCACAAUUUACAAAGCCAUCCGUUAGGAAACAAGCGUGGAAGAUCGAAGUGCUAGAAAACUUGUGA